UGUUUUAUAGUAUUACGCGGUAAAAGACAAUUGCCAGAAUACACAAGGUGGCAGUCGAAUUUAGUGACGUCGAAGCGAGAGUUCAUCGUUAAAGUAGAUGACGAAGUCUUUAAUCCAACUUAUUCCACUCCUGUCGUCGGUAUUAAUAUACAGCCAGGGACCAAGGCAAGGGAACGGAUAAUAAUCGGAGGAGCCAUUGUGCCGCCAGUGCCGACGUCUGGAGUGUCAGGAUUUGAUACAACACCCAUUGAGUACACCCGGUUUGUUCCCCCGACUACUGUCAGGACAACAGGAGACAAUGAUAUCAUAUAUCCCCUAAUAAAAGAAGUUCAAGAGCUAGUCGGUCGGGCUAUCCCAUUUGACCACUACAUCAGUCAGGGUGAAUGGGGCAGAAUCAGCGGCGGAGGCCUUAACAGCAACGCAAAUAUGCUGGCCAUAAUUUUGUUGAUGGAUUUUACAGGACACGUACUGCCACCAUUUUCUUCGCAAAAACAUUCUAACAGGGAUGAAAGUCCUCCAGCUGGCCCACAUUUCAUUACUAGAACUCCAGCUCUUGCUCAACAGUUCGCGCCAAUCACUCCUGUUGCUUUCUAUCCAAGACUAACACCACUGGCAUCACCGGUUACUCCAUCUAGUGUAACAAAAAGGAUCCUUCCAUUUACUCCUUCACGAUCUCCGCUUUCGUCGGUUAUUGAUCACAUGCGAACAAGCUUGGACGUGCAAGAUUUUAAUAUAUUACAUCUACAAUCAGAAGAUGCAAAAGAAUUAAAAGCUUUUCUAUCACCUUUAGCAAGGUAUGAAAUUCAAACUGAUACAAAGGCGACUCGAACAAAUUCACCAGAAUUUGUUACCAAUUUUCCCACUAUGACUGAGGAAACAGAAAAUAUUCCCACACGGCAAACGACGGAUCUCGAUAUGGACGCUUAUCAUAUUACGUUGUAUAACGAUGAUGAUAGUGACGUUGAUGACGGUAAAAAGAAAACAGAAGAUUUACCAGAUGAUGACACACAAAUAGAUAAACGAGCAAAUGGAGUUGUGAAUGAGGAGUCGGAUGAAGAAAUUGACAGCCUUGAUAUUGAUUUGAAAUAUAGUAAUAGAAGAAAGGAGGUUACAAAGUCUGCAACAAGCUCUAUUGACAGUAUUUCUAGUGUCACUCAGAAAUCGCCUACCAUCCCAAUAAAAUCGAAAACAACAAAUGCUGUAGAGGCCCAAAGGCAAUCCACGUGCAGUUUGCUAAAUUAUAGGCCAUUGAGAUUUAAUACGCCUCAAACACUUCCAGAGAUAGUACGGCAGUUAAAGCAAUGGGAAGUGAAAAGCCCCAUAGUAAAGUUGAUUGACAUAACCGCAAAUAAUUUAACUACCAUGGAUAAUCCGAUAUACAUGAUGAUAGUAGACGACCCAAGCAGCGGUCAGGUCGCAUCAGCCAAAGACAUCGUAAUGAUAGUUGCAGGUAUUCAAGGUCGGGACCACCAUGCGGUGUCAGCAGCCAUGUACCUCCUGUAUCAGCUGAUUGAGCAUACUGACACUCAAAUGGACUUGCUCAAAAAAUUCAGACUUUGGGUCAUUCCUGUGUUCAACCCGGAUGGAUAUGACUACUCCAUGACUUUUACGCAACGUCGUGAAUGGAAGAAGAAUCUUCAACAAUCUUGGGAGGUGUGCGAUGGGCGAAGAUCGUGCAAGGCUUGCGAGUCAUAUGGUUUUCGGUGCAUCGUGCAGCCUUGUUAUGGGGUGAAUCUUGACCGCAACUUUGAAUACCAAUGGAUACCAGCGGAGGAGCUUCGCGCAGAGCAUCCAUGCGGAGACCUUUACGCGGGGCCGCGACAAAUCAGCGAGCGAGAGACACGCGCCCUCACCACCUUCCUGCAUGAGCAGAAGAUGCUUAUAUCCACGUUCAUAGCCUUCAAGGAGGGCGACGUACUGGGAGUCAUGUAUCCUUACUCACACACGAGAAAGAAGCGUGCCUUCGAUGUCAAUUAUAGAAGGAGGGCGUCUCGGGCAGCUGCAGCUGCCUUCGGUAUCAGCGGCCGUCCGUACGUCGCCGGGCAAACUUCAGAAUUCCUACCGCUGUACGCGGGCGGGAUAGAAGACUGGAUCGACGGCCACUUAGGCAUUGACAAUACCUACACCAUCAUGAUGUUCCGAGCCACUGACUCCCACAACUCGAAACUAAUGUCGGAACACAUCGUUCACGAAGCGUAUGCCGCGAUGGACACUCUACUGUUGGAGAACAAUGUUGGACCAAUCGAAAUUAAAGCGCUCAGCCCGUCCUCCACUACCCAGUCAGGCGCCGAGAACAUUUGCUCAAACCUAUUCAUUCUGUCUGCUGCAAUACUCAUCUUUAACAGUUGAACCAAGGUUAGGCUGAUAGAAGACGCGCCUCAAGUAAAAGUAACAGAAGAAUUUAGUGGGUCAA